AAUGUUCUCAAUAACUCGUCGAUUACUCAGCAAAAACUGGAAAUUCUUGCCAAAUCGGGAGCGAAUAGUGUUCAAAAACAAAAAAGAGGCUUUUUUUGAUUUCGUCAAAGUUUCCGGAGCAAAUAUAUUGUGGCAAAUUGGACUAGCAGUUUUAGUUUUAGAAUUCGCGUUUCCCACUCCCGAUAUUGUUUAUGACUUGAAAAGGCUGAUCUCUCCGGAUUUUGAUCUCUUCUGCAAAUCUGGAAAUCUUGUGGAUUUUGAGAUGGACUUUGAGAAUAAACUGAGAUCGAUUCGACGUGAAGAAAUCCGAAGUUUGGAGCAAUACACGAAUGCGAAAAGCCCAGAAGCCAAAUUUGGUGGAAUAAUUUGAAAAUUUGUUGAUUAUUUCGAUAACUUUUCGACUUCUUUACUUAGUCUUUUAUAACGGUUGAUAGCUCUUGUUUGUUAAAUAUGUUGAUUUUGUUAAAAUUAUGUUAU